GGGGUGAUCCGGUGGUCCCUUCCUCCCCCUGGGUCAGGUCUGGAUGGUGUCCUGUGCCGGGCUGGGCCCUGCACAGGGAGCCUGGGCCCCGGCAGACCCCUGCCCUCGUGGGGAUGAGGGUGUCCCUCCGCUCCUGCGUUGCUGCUCAGCUGGCCUGGCUCUCUGUGACUCUGUCUGUCCCGCAGCUGACGCCAGGCGGGAAGGCAGCCCAGGCUGGCGUGGGAGUGGGCGACUGGGUGCUGUACAUCGACGGGGAGAGCACCAGCUCCAUGACGCACAUCGAGGCCCAGAACAGGAUCCGUGCCUGCGGGGACAGGCUUUGCCUCACCCUCAGCAGAGCCCAGAACCACGGGGGAAAGCCACAGAAGGACUCACUCCCCUGCUCUGAACCCCUGAAAUAUAACUUCGCUCCCAGCACCGCCCUCAACAAAACAGCUCGGCCCUUCGGGGCCGGCUCGCCUCCGACCCCACGGCCCGGGCUGGUGACGAAACCCGUGACGUACGUGCCCCUGGUGCCCGCCUGCACCCCCCAGCACAAUGGGUAUGUUGCUGUCCAUCCUGCUCCCCGAAGAUCGGGGGGAGCCCGCUGCCUGGCCCUGCUGUGCCUUGCAUGCCAGGCACCCAUGG